AUGGAUCUCGUAAAAAUGGAAUGCAUUUCAGCUCAUUCUGUGCCCUCCAUAUUCCCACAAGCAUUAUCAAGCCAAAUAUUGGUUGAAGAACACUUUGGAUACCAUUACCGUUUAGCUACUGCCCCUGUUCUUUUGGUUAUCUCCAUUCUCUUUGACAAAAAGUCAACAACGUAUACUAUACGUGAAGUACUUUUGGUUAUCUCUUUGGUGUUGGUUUUUAUGAUUGGUAUAUCAAUAUCGGCGCCUGAUGUAGCCAAGGAUAGCGGUCUAUACAAUCAAAUGUCGGAUGGUCAUCAUUACUUUAUACUUAACAUUUGGUCAAGCGAAGAUCAUGGUGUAUUGAUCUUUGUUUGUUUACGGGCAAUGGACUUGGUCGAGGAUGAUCAAUUUCUAGAAUCGUUUAUGAAUCUAGUGACUGAAUUUUGUGCUCAAGUAGGUGGAGGGCAAAAUGCAACACGUAGGAAAUUCAGUUAUUGUCUGUUGAUCGUGUUGUUUCAUACCGGAAUCCUUUGGAGCGCUACACCCUUUAUUUCUCUCCGAGCCAACUGUUAUGAUGACAUUGGAUUUACUGGUGGUACAAAACAUUCGAUGAUGCAGCCAAGCUUGCUAGAUUAUCGUCUAUACAAUAAAGAUGAUGCAAACAUUCAAUGA